AGGGUUAUGAAUUUUGAUUAUCAGUUCAAGUACACAUUAAUUUAUUUCUUUUCCUUUGCAAGUAGUCAAGUACUCGUAUUUAUUUUACGACCGACUUUAGCCGCGCAUUAGUAAGUCGUCGAGCUUGUUCGAAAACUUGCUCCUCCCUCCGUAAUAUUCUUCUGUAAUUUUGUGCCCGCCCAACUUCUCCAAUCUCGCAGUUUUCGGUGUUUACCUUGAGCACUUGAGCGUCUCGCUCUCGCGAUCCACGAGCUACGGAGCUAAACCUGAACACGUUUUGUUCAGAUUUGGACAUCGGGAAUCACUCGCCAAAUUCGCCAGGUAAAUCCGAGAGUGUCACGUUUUCUGCGAAUCGUUUCGCUUUCCAACGGAGAACCCGUGUUCUCGCUCAUGGUGAAAGUGUUGAUAAGGAAGAUCAGUCUAUCAAAGCCCGCCGGUAAUUUCGCUGCUGUUAUCAUUGUUCCGUUCUUACGGUGGUCGGCUAGGUCAGUUCCACCCACGCCACAUCGCUGAUUUCAUCUGUAAAUCCACAUUUAUCGAGUUGUAAUUUUCAUUUUAUCCCUCUGAUUUCAUCUCUGCUGGUAUUACUGUGAUUCUUCAGUGAUUUUUCGUUCUCCUUGUAAUUCAGGCUUAUAUGCUGUAAUAUGAAGUCGAUAGGUAGUCAAAGUUUAGAACUUUUAAGACACUCAAGUGAUUCAAACAAAUUUAAAGCCCACGAAAAACCCAAGAUUGGAUGGCGCAAACCAGAUCCCGGCGACUAACACAAGAUUCAUUGCAGCAUCCCUUACGAUGCCGACAUCUGCUGCGUGAACUUUUGCCGAAGACUCUCUAAACACUUUAGAAACUGUUACAAGUGUAACUCUAUCCCGCCGUGUACAAUAAACUCUUUAUCAAAGGGUUUCUCUGAUUUAAUACAAAGUAUUUUUUGAGCUGUGAAUUUUUUUUCAUUAACCGGUGAACUUGAAGUUUGAAAUUCAAGUUUGUUUUAAGUAUUCUUAGUGAUAUCUAGUGAUUAAGAAUUUUCUAUUUUUAAUUCGGUUAUCUUUGCUUCUUUGGGCAUCAAUUUUUCGAUUCUUUUUAAAAAUGGGGUCCUCCAAAAAUGGAAGAUAUCCCACAAAGUAUUCUAAAGUUGCCUUCGUCAACCAACUGAAGGAGAAAGAUACCAAGGAAGACUGCAUUACGAUGAGUCCUACAUCAACAGAAGGGUCAACUGACAAUGGAAUCUCUUAUAUCAAUUUAGGAGAAGAAGAUCAAAUGGAGGUUUACGGGUACAAGAAAUCCCGCGUUCACCUUGUGAUUUGCUGGAUGGGUAUAAUUUUAACUGUGGGAACUCUUCGCUUGGUGUUUCACUGGUAUCCCCAUUGGUACCUUUACGCAACGCACCGGCGAUGUUCCCUGGAGCAAGCCGACUCUGUCCUUCUAGUGGAGCAUCUUCACAAACGAGUAACAGAAUACCACGUGGAAGAUAUAAAAUGCUUAACUACCGACGUGCUCAGAGAAACUGAAGGAUGGUGCGAUGAUAUGGAACCGGAGCGAUCAGGAUCAUUGAGACUGAAGUUUCAUUCUAGUGGAGGCGUUUUUAGAGGAGAAGAAUCCAUUCGGUUGUUUGAAUUAAAGAAACAGCGAUACAUCUGGGAUCCAGAACACUCAGCAUUUAAUCGGUUGAGAGGGUUAGAUUACAAAAUGCCCAUUCAUUUGUUACUUCAUCGAGAAGGGCUGUCUCCCAUGGAGCGAAUUUCAAGGAGAGCAGUAUAUGGGUUGAAUGAGAUCAAAAUUCCCAUAGCCAGUGUCAGCUCACUAUUUAUCCGAGAGGGUCUCACUCCUUUUUAUAUCUUCCAAAUUUUCUCUCUCACUCUUUGGUUUCUUGAUGAAUAUAUCUUCUACGCUCUUACAAUAUUAUCGUUAUCACUGGCCGGUAUUAUCCAAGCAGUUUAUCAGUCUCGCAAGGAUCAAGAGGCAUUGCGGAGUUCUAUCGAAGCUCAUGCUUUCACAGAAAUAUUUUACAAUAACGAAAAGUUCAAUUUGGCAGCAGAACUAGUGGUCCCAGGAGACAUCAUUGUUCUUCCAGCACAAGAAUGCGUGCUCAUGUGUGAUGCUGUCCUCAUCACAGGAUCCUGUAUCGUCAACGAAAGCACUUUAACUGGUGAAAGUGUUCCUGUAACAAAAAUGCCCUUGCCAGGCGACGAUCGCGAUAUUUACUACAACGAAAAAGCACAUGUGAAAAGUACACUAUUCUGCGGCACAAAGAUUUUGCAGACCCGUUACUAUAGCAAUGAGCCAGUUCUAGCAGUGUGUAUACGGACUGGAUUUUGCACGUCCAAAGGAGCAAUUACCAGAUCGGUACUUUAUCCUCGUCCACUGGACUUCAAGUUUGAGCAAGAUACCUACAAAUUUGUCGGUUUUCUUGGUGUGAUAGCCUUUCUGGGCUUCUCACACACCGUUUACACCAAGCUGAUGCAAGGAAAAGCUCUUUCUGAGACAGUAAUAGAUGCUUUAGACCUCAUUACUAUUGUAGUUCCCCCAGCGCUGCCAGCAGCCACAACUGCCGGAAUUACUGCUGCGCAAUCAAGGUUGAAAAGACGUGCGAGCGUUUAUUGCACUGCUGCGAAAGCAAUCAACGUAGCAGGUGCUAUUGAUUGUGUCUGUUUCGACAAGACUGGUACAUUAACGGAAGAUGGCUUGGAUAUGUGGGGUGUGGUACCUGUGACAGAUGUUCAUUUUGACGAACCUGUUCAUGACAUUUCAACCCUUCCUAUUCAAUCUCAUCUCAUGGAAGGACUGGCAUCUUGCCACUCUCUCACAACUAUCGAUGGCAAUCUGACCGGCGAUCCUCUGGAUUUGAAGGUUUUUGAAAGCACAGGAUGGACCUUAAAAGAACCUGAACUCAGUGACAAAAAUAAAUUUGAUUCUCUCGUGCCAACUGCUGUGAGGCCGCCUCUAGAGGCUGAUUCCGAUAAAGAAAUUGGUCUUCUUAGACAGCUGCCUUUCACCUCGAAUUUAUUGAGAAUGAGUGUAGUUACAAGAGGAUUGAAAAGCUCUCACUUCACCCUUUAUUGCAAAGGGGCGCCUGAAAUCAUCAUAUCCUUAUGUCUUCCAGAAUCAGUGCCUCAAGAAUCGCGCUCAGUUUUGCAGCAAUAUACCCAAAAAGGGUACCGUGUCAUAGCCGUAGCAUACAAAGAAUUACCUGUGACAUAUGCAAAGAUGCAAAGAAUGACGCGGGAACAGCUGGAGUGCAACUUGAUAUUUUUAGGGUUAGUUAUCCUCGAAAAUCUUCUCAAGCCUGAAAGCUCUGAAGUCCUGAAAUCUCUGCACAAUGCUGACAUCCGAACCAUCAUGGUAACUGGGGAUAAUAUGCACACAGCCCUCAGUGUUGCAAGAGAUUGCGGAAUGGUUCCGCCAGGACAGUUCGUCAUCGAAGUGCAUGCAGAUCAGCCAUCACAACAUGUUCGCUAUAUCAAUGCAACGACUGUCACGUCUUCGGGUACUGUCAAGCCAUUGUCGGCGUCACUAGAAGGAAAAGAAUCAAGCAGCGUCGCCAGUUUGGAUACUCUUGAAUCCGGCUUGAUGAUGUACAGCAAGGGAACAGCCAUGAAUGGUUCAACACCUUACUAUGAUGUGCAGAUGAAUGGCAAAGUCAGGUCGAAUGUGUCAAAUAAUUUCAGUUUUGCCUUAACUGGUGAUACAUGGAGCUGGAUAAAAACAAACCGUCCUCAUUUAGUUCCGAGCCUUGUGACAAAAGGAGUUGUAUUUUCUCGCAUGAACCCGGAGCACAAGCAACAGCUCGUUCAAGAUUUACAAGGCAUUGGCUAUUGUGUUGCAAUGUGUGGUGACGGAGCCAACGACUGCGGAGCUUUGAGAGCUGCCCAAGCUGGUAUCUCAUUAAGUGAGAAUGAGUCGUCUGCCGCUUGUGCUUUUACUGCCAAAACAUCGAGUGUUGAGUGCGUGGUUGCAGUCAUUCGGGAAGGACGGGCUGCUCUCGUUACCUCCUUUGGUCUCUUCAAAUACAUGGCGGCCUACUCUCUUACUCAAUUCGUAUCUGUGAUGCUUUUGUACUCACGCGACUCUAAUCUCUCGGAUCUUCAGUUCCUGUACAUAGAUCUUUUUCUUAUCUCUUCAUUUGCAUUGCUUCAUGCCCAAACACCACCUUUUCCAGGUCCUCUGGUUAAGGGCGGCCCACAAACAUCCCUCAUCUCUUGUGGACCCCUCAUAUCUCUAUUCGGUCAGCUACUGGUCGUGGCCAUCAUCCAAUUUUUAGUUUUUUACCUGACCCCUGGCUUCGAAAACUACUCUGUUUUCACGAUCUCAAGCAUCCAGUAUAUUUUGUUAGCAAUCGUGUUUUGCAAAGGUCGGCCGUACCGAGACUCGCUGAUCAAAGGCCGUCUAUUCAUUACCAUUGCAGCAACAGUCUCCUUAUGUACGCUAUACCUUGCAUUAUACCCGGCGGAGAUUGUAGCCUCGUGGUUUGAGCUAAGCCUUCCGAUCGAUUUCGAAAACCGGUGGCAGGUCUUGUUUCUUGGACUCGUCAACAUUAUCACUGCAAUAAUAAUUGAGCAGUUCAUUGUUGACUUCUGUAUAACGAAGAAACUUGAUGCCAAGCUGAGUCAGUGUGCCAGGUGGAGGAAACCGUACGCAAGCGUAGAACUAGAAUUGCUUAAUCAUUUCAACUGGCCCUUAACAACUGUUGACGGCAAGUGUGAAUCGGCAGCAAUGAACUCAGUGCAUGUUGCCUCAUCCAACACAUCAUUUGCCACAGCAACAAACUGUAGUGCCUUAUCCGUUAAUAAGGCAGAGCACCGAAACUCUGUCGCUAGUAUUCCGGCAAAAGCUGCCAAGCCUGCAGACCCUGCUUUGAACAAUGUCCUCAAGAACAACUGCCACAACCAUGUGGAACCUAGUCAUAUAGUGAAUAUCGAAGAACAGGCGGUUUCCUGAUGUUUGCUCUUCCUAUUUCUUAAUUUUAUUUUACGAUUUUUGUCCACUUUGCGUCACCCGAUGCCUCUUUUGGGCUGCCAAGUGGCCGCAAAGCUUGUGAUCUGUCAUGCAUGACUCGACCCAAAUUACCAAAAACCAGCAGGAAGUCUGCUAGGAUUGUAUUGUUAAGUAUUGCAAAUCACAGUGAGAACCGGAAAUAAUUUUGCAUGAUGUAUGUGUCUCUUUGCAACUGCGGCAAUUUCCUAUCGGUGAAUGCCAUUUUUUAAUAGAACACCAAGUCCAAAAAUGGGGCCUUAACCUUUUACAUGUUUUUUUUUUUUUUUUUUUUUUUUUUCAAAAUAUUUCCCGAAAAACCGAGUUUUAGGAAAUGUUAGUUCACAGCAUAUGAUACAUACAUGUUCCAGCAAGAUUAGGAAAUAUAUGUACGUAUAUUUCAAGAGAAUAAUUGUCAAUAAAUAAUCGAUCAAGUGUCAACUAAAAAGAUUGGUCCCUCAAAUUUUAUUUUUGUGUCAGAAAAUUUGAAGUGAGGACCAAUUUGAUUCUUUUUAAUUUAUGACUGCUCUUUGCCAUUUAUUAUCAAUCUUAAAUCAUAGAAAAUUGAAGGAAAUAAUCUUCAAAUUUCCUUUAGAAGGAGAUGCUUCCAUUCCUUUAGUUUUGUCAGAGUAAAGUUUGUGAAAAAAUUGAUUUUUAAGUAUAAAUGCUUUGGCUCCUUUUGCAAUCGGAAAAGGAGCCUGCUAGCUUCGUGCUGAAAUGAAAGGAACUGAUCCUAAGUUUCUUAAUUUAAAAAAAAAAUUGUUUGAAAAAUUUACCAUUUUUAUCAAGAAUCCUCAUUGCUUAUUUUUGCAAUAAUUAAGUUUCAUUUAACUGGUUCCUAAUUUCACCAGUAGAGUGAGUGUUGAAUUUUUAAACUGAUCAAAAAUUAUCUUGAAGAAAUAUAUUUACUAAGUACAAUAGUUCAGUUUUACAUGUAUAGAUGUGUUUUGAGGUCAUUAGAAUUCCUUUCUUUACCAAUCUUCUGAAGGCACAUCAUUGUCAUCAACAAGAGGAAGUAGCAGUCUGAAAGUGUGUAAUAGCUCAAGUCAAAUUGUCCUAAGAGUGAAUUAAAUCCUUAUUGAUAUUAAUCAGUUCAAAUUUGCUCUAAUUUUUCAAGUCAAAAUUGUUAUUGUAAUGAUGUUUUAAAUGGUUAAAUCUUACCAGUAAAAAGUUAAGAGUUGCUGCAAAGACUGGUCCUUAAGUUUUAAGUGCCGACCAAAAUAUUUAUUUCAGUAUUAGAAAACAGCAUUAUUUUAAUUCUGGAGAUUUACUCCUUAUUUUAAAGCUUGGUAACUUUUUUUCCCUGUUUUUUUUUUCUUUUCUUUUCUUUUUUCUUUCUUUCAUUCUUCCCUGUCAUUUAAAUACUCGUUGAGCGAAGCCCUAGUUUCCGCCAAUAAGAAAUAACUUGGUGUUUCUAAAGUGGUAACUGCAGUUAUUGCCGGUUCUCAUAAUGUGGUUAGAGCUGUGACACAGAGUGCACCGGUGAUUUGAAACUAUUAUAUUAUUUGUAUUGUGAUCACUGAUACUUGAAAGUAUUAUGCUAAAACUGAAACUCAUUGUUUCGCAACCGCUCACCAAGUGAGAUGAUUUGAUCGAUUUUACGAAUAAAAAAAGUCUCUCAUUAAGCUUUUAGAAGGUUUUGUUGUUCAAGAUAAAAUUCUUUUGAAAAACUGUAGGAACGUUUAUGGUACGUAUUUUUUAGUUUAAUCGUGAAUCUUUAAGCUGGGCUAGGUUUGAAAUUUCCUCUCACUUGUAAUUCUUACACAAUUGAAAUUUUAGUAAUCAAUUUGAUUUUUUUUACAACAUUUUGAAAUUUCUGCUGCAGAAAUGGAGAGUCUCAUUUUCCACUAAAAAACAUGGAUUUAUUUAAGCCUUUUAUGUUGAAUCUGAGUCUUCAUAUCAAAACCUCAUAACCCUGACAUUAUUUUUAAAUCAGAAUUGAGGAUUAUAUAUAACCUCGGUUUCGUCUGAUCAAUCAGUCGAUCCUUUUAAUUGCAUCCCAUUUCCUACCAAAUUGAGGUAGAAAGAGUAAAACCCAUUAUUUUUAUGUCUCUAAUAAAGUGCAUUUACACUGAUAAGCAGUACUUAUAUUCUCUGAUUAUCUCCUGCCUGAAUUAAUCUUAGUCCUCAACUAUUUUGACCGUGGAAAAGCAAUUCAGAUUGAUUUGCAAUGCAUUAUUUUCUAUUGUAAAUUUUUAAAAUUCUGCCUGCCAAACAUAAUAACUUUUUAUAUCAAUCUAACUUUGCUCUAACUUAGUUUGUAAGUUAGAAGAGCGAAUUAAUACUUAUCCAACUGGCAGUCAAUUUUAUUGUGACAUUAAAAUUCUUUCAUGAUAGUAUUCUUCAUACGUAUAUGUGUUUUACUGAUAUUGUACCAAGCGAUUUAUUUUGUAUGAUUUUAAAAUUCAUUAUUAUAUUUGAUUUUUUUGUAACAUGAGGCAGCUUUGAUCAAGGGUUAAUAAAAGAGGACCAAGUAUAUGCAAAGAAAAUUGACUUUUGCUAAAGGCAGCUUCACAAUAUCUAGAAUUUGCCAGAAGACAAGCCGUUUUGGGUCUAGGCGAGUGGCAAGCGUGUCAACAAAUUUAACAGUACUUACCAAAUGUAGAGGUUUGCUUGUUGGGUGUUUCGAAAUCUUACGAAGGCUUGGCUUUCCCAGUGAGGUCCCUGUGAGUCAUGAUUGCAUUCAAAUGAGAUUGCAGUUUUCCCUACACUCUUAUGAAUUUCUAGCUGAGUCGCUCAUCUAGGGUAGGGUAGACGGAAGCCGAGAUUUGGCAAAUAUUCAAAGUUUGUGGAGUUAAGUUUGCAAAUUGCGUAGUGUGAUGACACCUUUAUCAUACUUUUACUUGUACUUACAUCCUUAAUUAAUACGAUGACUGCCACUGUGUUUUUUAUGUUCAGAUAACUCUGCGGGUUCACUAGUCCUCACGACUUCGCAACAAUAAUAGAAAAACUCAAGCAAUUUUUUCUCUCCAAAAUUCGAAUUGUUUAUUCUUGAUCAAUGUUGUGCUGGUUACAAGCUACGCAUGAAUAAAUGGCUUCAUGACUUGAUUGUCAGAAACAAAUCACACAAAUUUUUCUGGAAAAAAUAUUUUAUCUAGGUAUUUCACCAUUUUAAAUGAUUUCAAGGAAAAAAGCAUGGUAAAAGUAAUUUAUCAAAGUACUUUUGUAUCACCUCACGAAAGAUAGACUAAAAUUCACCCACCUUGUGCAAAUUUUCCAAUUGUUGGUUAGAAGACCUAACGUGGCUAAAACAGAUUGGGUUGUAAUCAACCUUUUUUUUUCUUGAGGGGGGGGGGGGCGUAAAAACCUUUCCCUCUUUGGCACAAGUAUUUUUCUUCUCACUUCUUCACAAUUAUUUUAUGAGAAUUGGAAACAAAUGUUGUUUUUAAAGUAAUACAUUGUUAGCAAGAUUUUAUAUCAAGUUUGUUUUUUAUUGAGUGAUUGUACUCUAUGUACCUUUACUUUUCCUAAAAGUUACUUUAGAAGUAAUGUUGUUUAAUUCUAGAACGAAAUUGCUCUUAUUUUUUUAUAAAUUUUCUUUGUAGGACCUCCUGGCGACUGUGUGUCCAUGAUGAUCUUUCUUUCAUUCAUUUAGAGUUCAUUAACAUAGAGCCAAAAAAACUUUUUUCUUAAGCAGCAUUUAAUUUAUUUCACUUGAGUGGCAAUUGAUGCCUUAGGAAUAGAAACAGGAGGAUAAAAGUAAUUCCUACACAUUUCUAAAGCCUCAACACCACUUGGAGAACCGUUUAAAAACUAAUCUCUGAUGGUGGGCUUUAGUCUCAAGAAAUAUCAAGCUUGCGUAUUUUAAAGAGUGGAAUUCGGCAAAGUCCCAAACUCCUAUGGACGUAUUUAUGAUAAAAGGAAUUAUGUGCACAGGGUUUGCAUUAGACAUAGUUCCUUUUGGCAUAAAUAUGUUCAUAUCUGCCAAGUUUGUCAGUUAGGCAGUAUUGUUACUUAGCCCUUAAUAAACUUGUUUAUGAUCUAGAAGACUUUUUGUUGCCUUUCAGGUCGGGAAGAUAAGACAGACGGAAAGAAUGAAAUACCUCAGAAUGAUAAAAACGAGUGGCACUGUGUCCACAAACACAAAGCGACAGUCCUACAUCUCCUCUAUAAGGUGCGCGUAAGAGGGCCAGAAGAUUCCUAUUUCAGUCCCUCUUUUCUCGAAAUUGGCACAUGAAAAGUUUAAUUUUAGAAGCUUCUGAGGUUGUAACGAUCAUCAAAUGAAAUAAUGUCGAAAUUUAGCCGGCACGGAAUUUUUCUAAAUUGUGUGCGUAAUUAUUUGUUUCAAUGCAAGAUACAGUGUUACAUUUAAACUUAACGAAGAGGGUAAUUCUUUGAAUCGCAUAUCUCUGCUUAGGGGUACUUCUGGGUGAUAGUAAAAAUUUAGUCCGCCGGCCAACUUUGGAACCAACAUAAAUUGCUUUUCUAUUUUCAUCGUUAUUUUUUGUACCAUUCUUAGGCUUUUGUGCAAUGUAACACAGUCAUAACAAGGUUUUCAAGAGCUAAUGUGAUAUUUUUGUUGGUAUUUUUCUAUCAAUUUGUGAUGGUGAAAUUGAAAUAAACUUUUUCUUAACUUUAA